AUGAGAAGUGUCAAGAGUGCAAAUUCUAGAAGACCUAUGUCUACCAUUCCGAAGGCAUAAUCAUAGAUCAUGGAAAUUGGUUUGUCUCCACAAAUCAGAAGGUUCGUUCCUAGUAUGCACAACCUACUUGAAACUUUGUAUGCCAAGAAAUGUGAAGAAUUAAAGAUUCAGUUACAACCAGAUCAAAUGGCGAGAUUUCAAGAAAAGGUUUUGACUUAAUAUUAAGGACACACAAUUGAUUUAUCAGAAUUAUCAUUGCCUGCCAAUUGCAUACCCCUAAUCAAUAAAGUUGUAAAAAAUAUUCCCUUUGUCGUUCUUUCACAAAAUCCACUCUAUGAUGGGAUAAGAAAUCUAUAACUUCCCAUGGUCAGUUUGACCUUAUGUAAUUGUGGAAUAGGUCCUAGAGGAUUGGCAGUUCUUUUCCAAACUCUUUCAAUCAAUCAAACACUCUAUAAUCUCAAUAUUGGCAAUCCCUUUUCAAACGAGAGGAAUAGACUUGGUUUAGCCUUGAAUCAAUUGGCCGAAGCAUUGAAAAAAAAUAGAAUUUUAGCCAUUUUGGAUAUCAGCGGUUGUGGCAUUUAUGAUUUAAGAAAAUUAAACAGUGCAUUUGCAGAGAACCGUAAUCUAUUGCACAUAAAUGUUUCUGACAAUGAACUUAAAGAUGCUCUCAUCUUGCCACCCUAUUUGGAGAGAUUGGAAGCUCAGAAUAACAUGUUUGGAUAACAGGUAGUGCAAAUAUGUGAAUAACUGAGACAAGGUUCUGAUUCUGUUCAUGCACGAGAAAUCAAUCUCAAAAGAAAUAAAUUAACAAUUCAUCAUUUGUUUGCUAUAUUAGAACAAAUUGAGAGAAAUACUCAUUUAAAUAAAUUGACACUAGAUGAGAACACGUUUAUAGGGGAGAACAAUAUUUGCAUAUGCAAUUAUCUUGUGUAUAACAACCACCUUGAAUAUUUGUCAUUGAGGAAUUGUUCAUUGACUCAGAACUUUAUCGAACAAUUGGCAUCUGGAUUAUGUAGAAAUGGAAGCUUAAAAACCUUGGAUAUUAGUAAGAACAUCAUUGGAGAUCAAGGAGCUUUGGCACUUGUAUAAGGAUUCUAGGGAUCAUGCAAUCUGAAGAGUAUUGUUAUGAAAAGAUGCGGUUUAACUGAUUUGAGUGGAUUAGAACUAUUCAAAACAUUUCUAAAAUCCAAUAUUUAAGAGUAUGAUUUCUCAAAUAAUCUUAUGGGAGAUUAGACUGCUAUGUAUGCAAUUUAAUUGAUAAAAAAGAACAAGGACAUCAUCAAGAUGAGUUUUAAAAAGAAUCUCAAUUCAUAUGAGACAAACUAAUAAAUUGAAAAAUUACUAUACGAUAACAUCUAAGAUAGAAAAAGAAAUGUUAUUCCUCAUCUACGUCACAAAGUCUAAGGAAUGACUGAUUACAGAGAACAAUAGGAUUUUGUUGAUAAGAAAAAAGAACAGCUUUCUAUGAAAAAGACACAAGCAGAAAGUGAUUUUAAGUUUGCUUAAUCUCAAGUAGUUUUAUGUCAAUAAGGAGCCAAAGAACGCACCUAGGCAGUUGAAGAACGAUUGACCAAAUUAAGGGAAGAAGCACAAUAAUUAACCACGUAACAGUUGAAUUUAGAUAAAUUUCUCUGGAAUCAAAUUGCAGUUAUUGAAGAUGAGUAGAAAUUAAUUGCUGACAACAUCAAAAAUGAAAAUGCAUCAAUUGUAAACUUAAAUAAACAAAUCUAAGAUACAUAAAGUAAAUCAAAAUCAAUUGUUUAAUUUUACAAAUAACAGAUGGAGAAUCUAAGAUUACAAGAUGGAAUCACAAAGAGAAAGGUAGAUCAACUAUAACAAGAAUAUAAUAGCGUUUUGGCCUAAUUUGAAUUUGUUAAAAAAUAGUAACAGAAACCAAUUAUUAAAAAAUGA